AUGCGUGAGAUUCUUCACAUUCAGGGAGGGCAAUGUGGGAACCAAAUUGGAUCAAAGUUUUGGGAAGUUGUAUGUGAUGAACAUGGGAUUGAUCCAACAGGAAGUUACACUGGAAAUUCUGAUCUCCAGUUAGAGAGAGUGAACGUUUAUUACAAUGAAGCAAGUUGCGGCCGGUAUGUGCCCCGGGCUGUUCUCAUGGAUCUUGAACCGGGCACUAUGGACAGCAUUAGGACUGGUCCCUACGGACAGAUUUUCAGGCCGGAUAACUUUGUUUUUGGACAGUCUGGCGCCGGAAAUAAUUGGGCUAAGGGGCAUUACACUGAGGGUGCUGAGCUUAUUGAUUCUGUUCUUGAUGUUGUUAGGAAGGAAACUGAGAAUUGUGACUGCUUACAAGGAUUCCAAGUCUGUCAUUCUCUAGGAGGUGGAACUGGAUCUGGUAUGGGGACUCUUCUGAUUUCAAAGAUUAGGGAAGAGUACCCGGAUCGAAUGAUGCUCACAUUCUCUGUAUUCCCAUCUCCAAAGGUAUCGGACACGGUCGUGGAGCCUUACAAUGCCACACUUUCAGUUCAUCAGCUGGUGGAGAAUGCCGAUGAAUGCAUGGUUCUUGAUAAUGAAGCUUUGUAUGACAUUUGCUUUAGGACCCUCAAGCUUACGACACCAAGCUUUGGGGAUUUGAAUCAUUUGAUAUCAUCAACAAUGAGUGGAGUGACAUGUUGUCUGAGAUUUCCUGGCCAGCUAAAUUCAGACCUUAGAAAACUAGCAGUGAAUUUGAUCCCAUUUCCCAGGCUGCACUUCUUCAUGGUGGGAUUUGCUCCUCUCACCUCUCGAGGAUCGCAGCAAUAUCGUUCACUCACUGUCCCUGAACUGACCCAACAAAUGUGGGACGCCAAGAACAUGAUGUGCGCUGCUGAUCCAAGACACGGACGAUAUCUUACCGCAUCAGCAAUGUUUAGAGGCAAAAUGAGCACAAAAGAGGUCGAUGAACAGAUAUUAAACGUUCAGAACAAAAGUUCAUCCUACUUCGUGGAAUGGAUACCAAACAAUGUUAAAUCCAGUGUCUGUGACAUACCACCUAAAGGGCUCUCAAUGGCUUCAACCUUCAUCGGGAAUUCGACUUCAAUACAGGAAAUGUUUAGGAGAGUGAGUGAACAGUUCAAUUCAAUGUUCAGGAGAAAGGCAUUCUUGCACUGGUAUACAGGGGAAGGAAUGGAUGAAAUGGAGUUUACUGAAGCAGAAAGCAAUAUGAAUGAUCUUGUUGCAGAGUAUCAGCAGUAUCAGGAUGUAGCAGGUGAUGAUUAUGAAGAUGAUGAUGGAGAGGAAAACUGA